CCCCUCCUCAGCGUUUUCCCAUCUCCGGACCAAGCCGCCAACGUCCCCCUGAUGCCGUCGGCGCUGAACACGGGCGGCUCCCUCCCCGACCUCACCACCCUGCACUUCCCCUCCCCGCUGCCCACCCCCCUGGACCCGGACGACGGCUCCUUCCCCACCCUGAGCGGGGCCGGCAGCACCUCCAGCCUGGCCACCACCAUGACGCACCUGGGCAUCAGCGGCGCCAUGGGGCUGGGCGGCGCCUACGAAGCGCCGGGACUCCCCUCUCCUAUGCAGAGCUCCCUGAGUAACCCGUCCCUGCAGUCCUCGCUUAGCAACCCCAACCUGCAGGCGUCCCUGCGCAGCCCCUCGCUGCACUCCUCGCUCAGCAACCCGUCCCUGCAGUCCUCCCACAGCAGCUCCUCCAUCCCUUCCUCCCUCUCCAAUCAAUCCCUGCCCUCCUCGCUCUCCUCCUCCCUUUCCAACCCGUCUCUGCCCACCUCGCCCCGCGCCCAGCCGGUGCCCACCUCCCCCAGCCACCCCUCGCUGCCCUCCUUCUCCCCGCUGCUGCCGGCGGCCGCCAGCACGUCCCCCCGCCGCCGGGUCCCGCUCAGCCCCCUCACCCUCCCCAUGGGUGGCGACGCCAGGAGGCAGCACCCCAAACAGUUCUCACCAACAAUGUCACCCACAUUGUCCUCCAUCGCCCAGGGGGUGCCCCUGGACACCAGCAAGCUGCCGGCCGACCACCGCCUCCCGCCGUACCCCUACAGCCAAGCCGGCCUGGUGCUGCCGUCCCCACAGCAGAAGGUUCCCCCCCAGCCCCCCCCGUUGCCCCCCGGCCCCUCGGCUCGGCCCCCCGGCCCCCCCGGCGCGGCCCCGCAGCGCUGCUUCGCCCCCCAGUUCCAGGCUGAGGCGCCCACCCUGCAGCACCCGCCUGCGGGGCAGCACGGCCCCGACUUCGGGAUGGGAACCGUGAGUGAGAGCGGGGUGGGGUGGGGGGUUUUGGGGCCGGGUGUCCUCGUGAGGUGGGGAGUGUGGG